GAUUUAAAGGACGGGGGUCCGCCUCUCGCGAUCCCAAAUAUGCCCCAGCGAAAACGCGCACUGCUGUCGGUGGUGUGUGCGCGUUCGAUGGGGUAAGCAGCCGCAUUUUGAAGGCACGCAAGGCGCGCUUUGCGCUUCAUCGUCGGAAGAAGCCGCACAACAAGGUGGAAACCGCCCGCAGUAGAUGCUGUUCAGAGCUGUCUUUGGAGUAUUCCUAACGUGUUGCUUUACUACGUUUGCCAUGGCUUGGAGGUCGCACGGCAAAAACAACCUCGAUUUGGUGCGCAACUUGAAGCGCAAUGGAAUCAUCAGGAGCCAGAAGGUUGAAGACGUGAUGAGUAGCGUUGACAGGGGAAAUUACUGCCCCCACAACCCCUACAUGGAUUCACCGCAGGGCAUCGGAUACGCCGUCACAAUCAGCGCACCGCACAUGCAUGCCCAGGCCCUGGAGUCUCUCAAGGACCACCUGAAGGAAGGAGCCAGGGCUCUGGAUGUUGGCUCGGGGAGUGGCUACCUCACGGCUUGCAUGGGGCUCAUGGUUGGCGAGACUGGCUUGGCCGUGGGCAUUGACCACAUCCCAGAACUGGUCAACGAGUCCAUUGCCAACAUUGAACGUGACCAGCCAGGACUGCUUAAAUCCAAACGGGUUAAGUUGCUUGUGGGAGACGGUCGCGAAGGAUAUCCUGAGCACGCUCCGUAUGAUGCAAUCCACGUGGGAGCGGCAGCUCCGGAUAUGCCAACAAAGCUGGUGGAGCAGCUGAAGCCCGGUGGACGUCUCAUCUGCCCCGUUGGACCAGCCGGUGCGAGCCAGACGCUGGAGCAGGUGGACAAGCUGGAGGAUGGCACCGUGCGGCGCACCUCCCUCAUGGGCGUCGUCUACGUGCCGCUCACGGACAAGGAGUCCCAGUGGCCCGGAAGCUCACGCAAACGACCCAGUGCUCAUCACCUAUCGACCGAGCCUGCGCUAAUCUCCUCCAGAACAGCGAGGGCUUCGCGAACUCCUUCGCGGUGCGAAGACAGCGACAGUGCAACGCGCGAGCCCAGGGUUGUCUGCACCACGCUGUAAGAGAUGAACUCCCGGUGGCUCACCUCCAGCAGUGGCCGCCGUGAUGAGCUAUAAGAGGAAGGUGGCAGCGCGGAAGUGCGAAGAGUCGUCGUCUCGCCAAGCAGAGGCCGACAAGACCUAGUCCUUGUUUCUCCUCCUACGCGACAACCCAAACAGGCAACAAGAACAAGCACUAACUAGGGAUGCAUUUUCACUCCAAGUCGCUGUAAACGGACGCCUCUCACGGUUGAACACUUUUUAUUUUUAUUUUCUUGUCCCGCACGUGUGCCGACUGUUGCAGCCAUAUUUAUGGACUCGACACUUCCUCACCGGCUUGAUGUUGCAACGCUGGACUUGAACGUCAUUUCUUCGUGAACUGUUGGGUCAGGUGUGUUGAGUGAGGGGAAGAUUUGUGCGGUUGUGGUGGGUGUGCUGGAGACAUGAAGAGGGCCGAGGCCAUCAGUUUUGUUCCCAUGUUUCCUCCAAUAGUGUAGCAAUUGAAACGAGCUUUGGCAAUGUUCUUCACUUGCAGCUGAGUGUGCCCCACUUCCUCUUCUUCUUUUCAUCUUUUUUCUUUCUUUGUGCAAUGAGUGUUAGCCAGGCUUACCCUUGUGGCAACACAACGUGCAGCAUUUAAAUAAACCUCAUUCUGAGGGCUUCUUACAGUUGUCAGCCACUGGUUUCAUCCAAUGAGCCUUGAUGUAUCCAGCAUCUUGGGCAGUCUGUGGCAGUCAGAGAUGACGAAUCAAAAAGACCCGGUGUCUCCCAGUGCUUUUGAGAUGUGGAAUGGGUUCAGUGAAACGAAUGGGUCAAUUUGGUGGUUGUACUCAUGUUGUUGGUUGGUCGUCGAUGCAGAAUGCAUGGGCAAGUGGCCUCGGUGAUUUCAAGCGGGCAGGGAAUCGUUGUUGAUGUUGUAGCUGUGUUUCCUUGUGAUCUGAGGUUUUUUACCGUCUUCUAUGUGCUUGGGAAAUUGUGCACCAUUUUUCUUCUCAUUAGAAAGAAAAUGUCAGUGCUGUCAAGGAUCAAGAUUUGUUUACUUUUACUAAAGACUUAUUUUUAUCCUUUAGAGGAACAGCCUCUUUAAAAUAUAGACUCUUCAGUUGCAAAGUAUAGUUUUUUUUUUUUUUUUUGUAACGUGUGUAAGAAAAAACUGCAAUUUUUUUGUUAUUAUUUUUGUGUGUGUGGAGUAGUUCUGGCAUGCCAAGUGUAUAAAAAUGAAAAUGGCUGGAGUUCCCGACAAUUAACUUAUUUUUUUAUACCAAGUAAAUUUUGCUAUGCAAUUGUUGUUUGAAUCCAUCAAUGUUUGCUUAGAAAGCUUUCUAACAUUACCCCACUAUCUGAAUGAAUGCCUACAGUGUACUGAAUGAAUUGAACUGAGGUCAGGUUGCUUUGCUGAGCUUUAAAUAAACAAUUGGUGUUUCCCA